AUGAGCACCCCAUCGACCUUCGCGCGUAGAGGAGAACGACGGCGCGCGGAGGAGAAGGACAGCUUGCCUCAGACAAGGACCGGAGCAGCCGCCAUCCGGCGAGAUCCGGGCGGGCGGGCGUCCGGAGAAGGGCGAUACGCGCAGGAGCAGGGGCGUGGCGUCGGGACCAGGCAGACGUCGCAGUCAUCCUCCGGCGAGCUUAGGGCGGGUGUCAGGACUGGGCGGCGGCGCGGUGGGAGAUGGGAGCGGCGCCACGCUUGGGAAAUCCACGAUCCAGAGCCGCCCUCUCCUCCUCCGCCGCGGACCGGGGAGGCGAAGGCUCCUGCGACGCCCGGGAAGCGCACAUUGGCGGACCGGGACGAGAAGGAGCGGGAGGGAGUGGAGCGGCCGCCGGAGCCGAACCGGCGGCGCUCCCGCGCACGCAUCGCGGCGCUCGAGAGCGUGCCCCAUGCGUCGGAGGUCGCGGCCGCGGCUGCCACGGCGACGAGCAGGGAGGACGAGUCCGUGGGCGCCUGCGAUGGAGUAGAGCCAUGA